AUGGGGAGGUUUGGCGGGGAGGAACGGGCGGGAGGAGCGGAAAGGGGGGAGGAGGAGGAGGAGGAGGAGGAGGAGUGUAGGGAGGGGAGAGGGGAUGGUGCGGGUUUCGGUCAAGGGUUUGCAGCUGCAGGAGGGGAUGUGCAGGAGCUAAGGGAGGCGUUUCUAGAGGAAGGUGGGCCGUUUCUAGAGCAAGGAGAGCAGGGAGGGCGGCCGUUUGAGCAGAGGCAAGAGGCGGGGGAGUUGACUCCAAACGAAGCUGCUCUGAUUUCCAGUGAGCACCUGUCUGUCUGUUCUUUUCUCGUCAUGCUGCGGGAAUCCACGAGGCUGGUGGCUCCUCCGGUCUAUAGGGGCGUGCCUGCUCCGGUUUCUCCCUCCAAUGUCGACUGCAACCGCACACUGCUGGAAUUGUUCCAGGUGCUGGUGAAUGGAACACCCUUCCUGACUGUUGGCCAGGUCGCAGCCAACAGCGCCAUUCUCGAAGCGCUAGCGGUCGAGCCUCGAGUGCUGGUGAAUGCAACACCCUUCCUCACCUUCGGCCAGGUAGCAGCCAACAGCGCCAUUCUCGAAGCGCUAGCGGACGAGCCUCGAGUGCACAUCAUCGACUUCGGCAUCGGUCACGCACUGCAGUGGCCGGCUCUCCUGCAGGCUCUGGGGGCCAGGCCAGGGGGUCCUCCUCACGUGCGCGUGACGGGGAUAGAGGUGCCUCAGUGUGGGGCGAUGUCUCCUUACUGUGCCAUGAAGGCAGGGAAGCGGCUGGAGGUGAGUGUAGUGUAUGGUGGUGGCGUGGCAUCUCCACCAGCCGCACAUAUGCCGGGGGGCCCGCCUCACGUGCGCGUGACGGGGAUAGAGGUGCUGCAGUGCGGAGCCAUGUCGCCGUACUGUGCCAUGAAGGCAGGGAAGAGACUGGAGGUGAGAAGGAAAGAGUCUAUAGUGCUGAAUGAGGCGUGCCCCACUCAUAUCGCCUCUGUCGCUAGACGAAUCAGAGCAGCCCAAUGCCCUCUUCCUCGCCUCCUCUCACCCUUUCCUUUUCCGCUGUUUCCACCCUCCCCUCACCAGUCAGCAGCAGCCAUGUGGGGGGUACCUCUGCGCUACCACUGGGUGAUGUCUCGUCUCGAAGACGUCACCCCCUCAAUGCUCAACCUGCACCCAGGGGAAGCCAUUGCUGCCAACUGCGCCCUCCGCCUCUCCCAACUCCUCGACGAAUCAGAGCAGCCCAAUUCUGCUGCCAACCCUGCCACCGCAGCUAACGCAGUCUUCGCCAACCCUCCUUCCGAGCCACUUUCCGAGCCUCUUUCUGGGCCACUUUUGAGUAGACCAGAUGCAGGGAGAACAGAUGUGGGAGGGGCGGAUCCAGACAGGUUGUAUCUGGGGAAGGCGGAUUCAAUGAGCUCGGAUUCGGAGGAAUCCCCACGCAUGAGAGUGCUGCGUACGAUCCGGAUGCUGCGGCCUAAAGUGGUGACGGUGGUGGAGCAAUACAGCAACCACUCCUCUCCCUUCUUCCUUGCGCGGUUCUAUGAAGCACUUUACUACUAUGCUGCGUUGUUUGAAUCGAUCGACGCGUCGUUGCCGAGAAACGAGGUCGCGAGACGAGUGUUCGAAGAGCAGGUGCGUUUCGAGUGUCUGUGUGUCUGUCCGUCCGUGUGUGCUGGUCAUGGGCGUCUCAAAGCCGGCUUGCUGAGGCCCAAGGUGGUGACAGUGGUGGAGCAAUACAGCAACCACUCCUCGCCCUUUUUCCUCGCCCGCUUCUACGAGGCUCUUUACGCUGCUUUGUUCGAGUCGAUCGAUGCAUCGCUGCCCAGGAAUGAGGUCGCGAGACGAGUGUUCGAAGAGCAGGUGCUAGGCCGGGCGAUUGUGAAUCUGGUGGCGUGUGAGGGGCAGGAGAGGGUGGAGAGGCAGGAGCCAUUGGAGCAGUGGCAGCAGAGGAUGCUGAGGGCGGGCUUCAAGCCUCGGGGAGUAGGAGCCAUUGGAGCAGUGGCAGCAGAGGAUGCUCAGGGCGGGGUUCAAGCCCCGGGGAUUCAGUGA